UGAAAAAGUAUUUAUUGCUGUCUCGAGAAUGUCCGCCUUAAUGUUUAAUAACGAACAUAGUCGUCUUUAGUAUUUCGCAGCAACGAUUUGGCGGUCUUCUGUUAGUCAGUCUAUGCACGUUUAUCAAAUAUAACGGAAUUAAUAUACAUAAAUCAAGUGUUAUAAUAAUUUGUAUUAGGCGAUCGAAAUGAAGAAAUGAAUUAUACACCUUGAAGUUUGGUAUAUUACUUUACCGAUACUAAGAUAAAUUAAAGCCGUAAUAAGGUUAGAUCCGUUAACCUUAAAGUAGAAAAAAAAAAAAAAAAAGAAUUUAAAGAGAACAAAAUGAAUCGUUUUGGUGAAGAUGAAAGUGGUAAUUCAUAUAUGGACAGACGUUCUAACGGUCGAGGACGAGGUCGUGGUUCUUGGGCGCCAAUCCCAAAAAGUACUCAAGAACGACAAACAUUAAGAAGACCUCAUUUUACCGGUAAUACUCAUCCAGCUGUCGGUGGUUCUACUUUGACAAACUACCCUGAACAAAAUAGAUCACAAGAAUUUAUGAAUAGAAUUGUUGAAAAUUCUACUUUAUCUGUGCAUGCUGCUGAAUUUGUUCCUAAAUGUCAGAGUUACGUUGUACCUAUGCAACAACAGUCGUCAAUGAUGUGGCCCAAACAUUCUGUCCAAAAUAGAAUUCAAUUAGCAAGAGAAUUACCUCAUCAAAUGCAGCAUCAAUUACCGGGUCAAACACAUUUACAACAAAGACAAAUGAUAGACAGACAACAUUAUGAUCACUAUUCUGAAUCCACAUACUCAUCUCGACAACGACAACUGGAAGAUCCAGAAAUAAGAAGAGUUCAGGAGUUACGGCUAGAUAAUCAGGAACUAAAUUUGGCUAAUACAAUGCAACAGUUAGGUAGUGUGAUGCAUUAUUUAACUAUGAAUCCUGGAAGUUUUGCAUCCUUAGUACCACCACUUCUCAAUAAUAUCAAGCUUUAUUGCGAAUCUCCUUCUCAACUUCAAGAAAUUAUGGAUGUUGUAAUAGUACAAAGUAUAACUGAAGGAAAUUUCCGAUAUAGUGGUGCUCGGAUAUUUAUGUGUCUCGAUUCAGCUAUGACAAGGGAGCAACAAAAACCUUUCAGAGAAAUUCUACAUUCACUAUGUAAGGAGAAAACGCAGAAGUAUGCUGCUACUUGGCAAAAAAAUGAUAAACAUACCGAAGAGGAACAGAUCAAAUGCCACGGAUUUAUAUUAUUCCUAGCAGAAUUAGUUGUCCAAAUGGGCGAUGUACUUGCUUUUGAAUUAGGAGAAAUACUAAUACAACUUAUUUCAAUUGUUCUGAAAAAUCCAGGAUCAAAUUCUGCUAAACAUAUAUGUCAAGCACUAAAAUUGGCAGGUCAUACUUUAGAAAGAGAUAAAAGAGGUCGUCGAAAAGAAAUGGAAAAUAUGAUGCGUGCUUUAACACAAUUAGUUACAGAAGGAAGAGCAGAUACAAGUGUGAGUCGUAUGAUCGAUAGUGUGCAUCAAUUGCGUAAUGGAAAUUGGGGCCGAGAAAGCAGCCAUAAUACAUCCAGUCAAAAUUCAAUAUCAGAACCCAUACAUCAACCUAAAAUACAGCAUGAAUAUAAUGAACUUGUUUUGUAUGGUCCUGAUGGUAAAGUACUUUCUGCUGAAGAAAGUCAAUUCUUACAAGAUGCAGCAACAGAUGCUUCUGACUCUGAAAAACAGGAAGAGCUAGAUCACGAGUUAGAAGAAUUAUUGGAUGAGGAAGAAGACGAAUCAUUUGAUACUGCCUAUGAAGAAUUCUUAAAACUUUUACCCAAAAAUAUUGAAAAUAAAGUACAUCAGUGAAUAAAAAAAUCGUGGAAAAUUAUUUCCCCCAAUUAAUCUUAAAUAAAAUAGUUACAACAAAGUAAA